CCCGCCAUGGGGCCCGCCCGCGCCGAUUACCUGGCGCCCUGGUGGGCGGCCUGGCUGCACGGGCUCCCGCACCGCGACCCCCGCCUGCAGCCCGUGCCCAGCACCUUCCGCCCGCAGGACCCCGACUACCAGCAGUCGCUGCUUGUCCUGGGCUUGCUGGCCGCCGUGUGCCUCGGCCUCAACCUCCUCUUCCUCACCGUCUACCUGAUCUGCCUGUGCUGCUGCAAGAGGGAGCAGGACGCCGAGAGCAAGCGGCCCCACUCGUGUUGUGUCACAUGGAUGGCCGUCACCGCCGGGCUCAUCUGCUGCGCCGCCGUUGGCGUCGGCUUCUACGGGAACAGCGAGACCAACGACGGCGUUUUCCAGCUGCUCUAUGCCCUGGAUCAUGCCAACCAGACCCUGACUGGCAUCGACUCCCUGGUUGCCAGCACCACGCUGCAGAUGCAGGGGGCGCUGGAGCAGCACCUGGCGCGGCUGAACGAGCUGCUGGCCUCGCGGGGGGAUUACGUGCAGACCCUCAAGUUCACGCAGCAGCUGGCUGGCAGCAUUGUCCUGCAGCUCCAGGGGCUGCCAGCCUGGCGGGGCGUCAGCGCUGACCUCACCGAGCUGUCGGGACAGGUGGCCUACGUGGAGUAUUACAGGUGGUUGGCUUACCUGCUCUUCUUCAUCCUCGUCCUCACCGUCUGCCUGCUGGCCUGCUUGGGGCUGGCCAAGCACUCCCGCUGCCUCCUGCUCCUGAUGCUGUGCUGUGGGCUGCUCAUGCUGGGCCUCAGCUGGGCCUCCAUGGCCGUGGACACGGCAGCUGCGGUGGGCACCAGUGACUUCUGCGUGGCCCCGGACAAGUUCAUCCUGAACCAGACAGAUGAUGAGAUCAGCGCAGAGGUGGUCCAUUAUUACCUGUACUGUGACCAGAGCCUGAGCAGCCCCUUCCAGCAGGCUCUCACCGUGUUCCAGCGCUCGCUGACCACCAUGCAGAUCCAGAUCCAGGGGCUCAUCCAGUAUGCGCUGCCCCUCUUCCCCACAGCUGAGAAAGACCUUCUGGGGGUGCAGCAGCUCCUCAACUCCUCCGAGACCAGCCUGCACCAGCUGACAGCGCUGCUGGACUGCCGGGGGCUGCACAAGGAUUACCUGGAUGGCCUCAUUGGCAUCUGCUACGACGGCGUGGAGGGGCUGCUCUACCUGGGGCUCUUCUCGCUGCUGGCGGCCGCCGCCUUCUCCACGGUGAUCUGCGCGGCCCCACGAGCCUGGCAGCAGCUGGCUGGGAGGGAGCGGGACUACGACGACAUGGACGAGGAGGACCCGUUCAACCCCGCGGCGCGGCGCAUGGCCACGCACCGCCCGCCGCGGGGGCAGCUGCGCAGCUUCUGCAGCUACAGCAGCAGCCUGGGCAGCCAGAGCAGCCUGCAGCCCCCCGCGGCACAGACCGUGUCCAACGCCCCCGUGUCCGAGUACAUGAACCAGGCCGUGCUCUUCGGAGGGAACCCCCGCUAUGAGAACGUGCCCCUCAUCGGGAGGGGCUCUCCCCCCCCCACGCUAAGUUGCCCAUCAAGAUACUCCCCGAGCAUGAGGGCCACGUACCUGGCGGUCACCGAUGAGCACGUCCGGCACCGCGGCGACUUCCCGGCCUAGGAGGGGACACCAAAGAGCCCGAGGGACGGCACAGCACGGGGUAGGAGCCACGGCGGGGCUGGGGGCCAAACCUGGAGCCCCCCAGCACCCCCUGCCCUCACAGCCCCACACCUGCAGCCUUAGGGGCUCCCGGGAGCGCAGAGGGGCUGUGGGGGCUCCUCCGGUCCCUGUGGAACAUUCUGGAGCACAAACCCCGUACCACGCUGCCCUGGGGCUCCCCUAGCAAUGCAGCACCAACCACUAGUGAUCCCUAGCCCUUUCCUGCCCCCCGGCAUUCCCAGGAUGAGGAAUUUGGGAUGUUUUGGCCCUGCUGGUUUUCCCUUGUUUUGCCCCCCAGGGUUUGGGAGGUGCUGGCUCUGUUUCAGAGAGGGGUCACUGCAGUGGGGUUUGGGGUGGGUUUAGGCUCUUUUUGGCUCCCCAGGGCUGGUGUGGGCUGGGGCAGGCUCCCCUCCUCCUGCAGCCCUGGAGUGGUCACACAUCCCCUGGGAGAGGGACAGGAGCUGCUGGGGCAUCGCUGGGGAGGGACAAUAUGGACCUGCCACCCCUGAAGGCUCAGCCAGCAUUUCCAGGGUGGGGAGCUGGGAGAGCUGAACCUGCCCCUUUGGGCUGCCCUUUGGCACAGGGACCCCAGAAAAGGCCCCUUCCCCCUGGAGCAGGGAUGGACCCCCUGCCCCAUCCACCCAGACCCCAAAGGGUGCAGGCAGGGCAGUGGUGUGUGCCCCUCCAGGGCCAGGACAUCCCCCUGACUCCCCUCCCCAUGUUCCCCGUGACUAGCAUCCCUCCCCUUGGGGAAUAUCCCGAGGGAUUUUUUUAUUUCUUUUGCUUUUAACGUUUCCAUGUAACGGUACUGGUAGAAGAGCUGUUGUAACCGCAUGUGAACUAACCGAAGGGCUCCGGCUGGGGGCUGGAGUCCGGCUGGAUUUGUUUGUGCCCUUUUGGGAGGAAAGAUAAUAAAA